UUUUUACUCAGUUUUAGUUUCGAUUUAUAUAAAUUUGAAAACUUUACUCGAAUUUAUUUUUAUGAAAAUUAUUGUUUCUAGCAAAAAUCCCACAAAAUAAUGUAAAUUUUGAGGGAAUUUACGACAUUUGCCACAGAAAGGAAAAUAUGGCUGUGAAUUUAUUGCUGUGGCGUCAAGGUUUAGUGAAGAGAAGUAGACCAGUCAUCCCAAACAAACUGUAAUGGUUGCUGAGGAGGCCAGUAGUGGGUGAAGGUGAAUGGACGGGUCAUUAUCACCUGAGCUUCUGAUUAUUGUAGUGACUCGGGCAUUCGACUCAUAUGUCGUGAGUCAGUGCGACGGAGCAGCAAAUGUCUCCGCUAGUCAUGACAGACAUACUCACCCACCUGCCACCUGUCUGCCACCCACCUGUUACCCGUCUGCCACCCACCUGUUACCCGUCUGCCACAUGUCUGCCACACAUCUGCCACCCAACUGCCGCAAUCUAUUACCCAUCUGCCACCCGUCUGCCGUCUACAUGCCACCAGUCUCCCACCCACCUGCCACCCGUCUGCCAUCCACUUGCAGAGGCUAUGGGAGAUCCAGAGUGCAUUUGUCUCAGUCCACGUGGAUAUGUUCUUUUCACACGCAGGUUGCUAUCCACACGCAGGCAACUAUCCACACGCAGGCAACUAUCCACACGCAGGCAACUAUCCACACGCAGGCAACUAUCCACACGCAGGCAACUAUCCACACACAGGCAACUAUCCACAUUCCAGGCAGGUCUCCAAAAUCAAGCAUCUAUCCAUUACGACCACAGUAAGUAGGUAACUAUUCACAAGUGGGGAAGCAGACAGACAGACAGGCAGGCAGGCAGGCAAGCGGGAAGACAAGCAGACAGGCAGACAGACAGACAGACAGACCUCCAGCAACGCCUACAACGAAAGAUAUACAGUGAAAUGUUGUAAUAAAAUGUAUGAGGAUUUAUUAACAAUAGCUAGUAAGUUACAAAAUAAUAUAUGGUAAUGUUAUAUGGAGUUUGUCUACAUACAUACAUACAUACAUACAUACAUACAUACAUACAUACAUACAUAGAGAUAGAUUUUGGCCAAGUUGUCCCUGUAGUGUUGUAGUAAAUUUCUGUUUAA